CCUACUCACUCGACAUUACCUGCCAGCGCGGCACUGUGCCUCGUAGCCCAAGCCCUCCACUGCUAACCGCAUCCUCACGCUACUUCGACUCGACCUCCUGAUCCUCGUCCUUCUGGUUGCUGACUCAAAGGAACGUCAGGCUUGGCCAGGGCAGGGUUCGGCUUCUCCAUUUUCCUGCCACGGCCGUUAAGCUGCGUGGCGUCUGCCCUACCGCUCCCUGCUCAAACUCUCGCGUGUCCUCCCUGCGUGUUCCCUUGGCGCGAAAUAAUAUCCGCAGCACCAUCUGUGCUGCUUCGGCGUCUGCGAGAGCGGCUGUUAAGACGACGGACGUUGUCUCAAGCAAGCACACCCACAUUCUCUCUCACACUCGCCGACGUCCACAGUCUCCUUCCCCCCGGGUCUGCACGCCUAACCCGGUUGUUGUUGCGUCCACCGGCCUCCCGUCGCUUGUUGUGACCACACCACCGUCAACGCUUGAACUUUGUCCGGUCACUGCUCUGGGCGUGGAUUGAUUUCGCAACUCCCAGGCCUCGGCUCCACGUCGGUCGUUAAUCAUGGCGUCGACGACGAUCCGCCCGAAGAACGUUCGCCGAAACAUUCUGAAGCCAACGGCGGCAGCGUUCUUGCUUGCUUACCUAUCGACCACGUUCCCCAAGAUUGGCUCCGUGUUGAUCUCACAUUUGCGUAAGCAUGGAGAUCUAGCCAGAGCACUCAACCAGGUGCGCAACGCACUCGCAUCAGGACUCGCCCUGAACCGAUUUCCUGCGUUCUGCACCGUUGUCGUGGGAGGUUCGACGGCGCUGCGCGAUCCGAUCAAUCAUGUAUUCCAAACGCUGGACACAAGGAUCCAUGGGCGGGAGAGCCUCGUUCGGACGCGCAACAAUCGCGUCGCCGCCAGAUUUGUGGCCGCAGUUCUGUCAGCCAUCGUAGGCUUCCGGCUGCUCAACAGUCCGUCGAACCCCAAAUUCGUCAGACCUACGAGGCGGAUCUCCGACGUCCUGAUCGAUGGCGAUGAGCCGCGGUCCAAGAGGCCAUCCAAGAUCCCUUCGGGCUUGCCUCCACUGCCUGCCCAGGCCGUCAGUUCGAAACCUUCGGCGGCGGCUCUUGGAGCUCCGCUCGCGGGCAAGACUAUGGACCUGACGCUCUUCGCCGUCGCACGCGCGGCCGACGUGCUCGCCCAGUGGUACUGGCAAACCAAGAAGACGAAAGGGAGAUUGGCUCGAUGGUGGGAUGGCAAAAGCUCACCCAUCCUGUUCGCCCUUUCAUCGGCGCUCAUCAUGAACGCUUUCUUCUACGCGCCGGCCCGUCUGCCCUACACGUACGUGCAAUGGAUCGGGCGGAUCGCCGAAUGUGAUGAACGUCUCAUCCACGCCUUGAGACAGGCGCGGUACGGAAACUUCGUGUACGGUAAAGAUACAGGCAUGGCACCUCUCCUUGGAUCCAUGGCAAAGGAAUACAAUCUGCCUGAGGAGUAUGGUGACCCGGCAAAGACGAUCCCCGUCCCUUGUGAACUCGUCCAUCAUGGUUGCGGACCGAGCUGUGAAAAGCACGCCCUUUGGCGCUUCUGGCGCUCGUGGAAGCUUGCACUCGGCGUCUAUGCUCCUCUGCAGGCACUUGUUGUCCUGAGGAGACUGCAGAGCCAAAAAGUGAGGCGACUCGAUGUGCUACGCAAGGCCAGCGUGGACACCGCGAGAAGCUCUGCAUUUCUGGGCGCCUUCGUCGCGCUGUUCUACUACGGUGUCUGUCUGACGCGGACCCGUCUGGUGCCUAAGCUCUUCAGUCGCAAGACGAUAACGCCGCAAAUGUAUGACAGCGGGCUCUGCGUCCUCGGGGGCUGUCUGCUGUGCGGCUGGAGCGUGCUGCUCGAACUUGCACACAGGCAGGCGGAACUGAUGCUCUUUGUGCUUCCUCGGGCCCUUGGCGUCUGGUUCCCGAGGAGGUACUUGCGCGAGCACCGCUGGCGCGAGGAAAUCGCGUUCGCUAUCAGCACAGCCAUCGUGCUCACCGCAGCCCAGGAACGGCCGGACCGUAUUCGAGGCGUCUUCGGUCGGCUCUUAAAGCAAGUCAUGCCUGCGUAACGAAGCAACCUGGCGGGCGGGCUAAUGGGGAGUGUGUUUUUUUUUUAUUCCCCCUUCCCUUCCUAAGAUCCCAACACACUCCAGUGACCCUUGUUGAUGGUACGGCUUUCCUGCUUCUUCUCCGUCACGCUGGAAUUUCCUCGAAGCAGACCCCAAGUGCUCAUACGCCGGCGAAGGCUGGCGGCUUCCGUAUUCAGCGUUGCACAUCUUCUACCUGCCACAUCUCUUACCCAAGAUGCUUCAACCUCGAAGAAAUCCCCCUUGGCGGACUUCUGUGAAAAGUUCCGUGGCGUCCAUGUACUAUUAGUUCGUGACCCAGCAUGCCGGGCUGUAUCCUUUGCCAUGGGCGGCUCGUUCAAACCCUGUAUCUCAUACAACGACUCUCUCUCUCUCUCUCUCUCUCUCUUCUUCUUCUUUCCCGCCCUUCGUUUUCAUUUAUGGUGGUGCGCAACUCGGGACUCUUCCUUUACUUUUCUCGAAAUCGGGCCGUCAGCUGCGGUGACACCAGGAGACGAGCACGUGAAGCAGACAAGAUAUUGUAAAUACGACAUGUAC